AGCAUUUGACUCGUAGUUGGGACGUGAAAGAAGUUUCGACCGUACCAAAGAAAGUCCACGGAAGACUUGCAAAGUUUCGGAAUUUGACGCAAAAUUAAUAUGAGUUUUUGAAAAGGAAGUCCAGUUUGAUAGCAGGUUCGAGCGGAUUCAUUUAUUUUAUAAGGAAAUGGAUCAAAAGCCAUAUUUGGAAGUUGAAGACCUUUUGCAGUAACCAGACAGCCAAAAUCCACUCAGAUACUAGUGCCUGGUCUUAAGACUCUGCCCUUUCACAGACUAGUAUUUGUGGUAAAUGUGAAAAAUAAGAGCUAGCACGUUACAAUGGAUUCCUUUUCCCGGCCCAGUGGUGAAAUUCAAAGGAGAAACCCACAGCAUGACUUUGAACUUAUUCAGCGGGUUGGGAGCGGCACGUAUGGAGACGUGUACAAGGCAAGAAAUAUCCAGACGGGAGAGUUAGCUGCUGUUAAGAUCAUUAAACUUGAGCCAGGGGACGACUUUUCCAUCAUCCAACAGGAAAUUUUCAUGGUGAAGGAAUGCACACACCACAACAUAGUGGCCUACUUUGGGAGUUACCUCUGUCGUGAGAAGCUGUGGAUUUGUAUGGAGUACUGUGGAGGAGGAUCUUUGCAAGAUAUUUAUCAUGUGACCGGUCCCCUGUCAGAGCCUCAGAUCGCCUAUGUGUGCAGAGAGACGUUACAGGGACUCGGCUACCUGCACAGCAAGGGCAAGAUGCACAGAGACAUCAAGGGAGCCAAUAUCCUGCUCACAGAUCAUGGGGAUGUGAAACUAGCGGACUUUGGUGUCGCAGCCAAAAUAACAGCCACCAUAGCAAAGAGGAAGUCUUUUAUUGGGACUCCAUAUUGGAUGGCUCCUGAGGUGGCAGCAGUGGAGAAGAAUGGGGGUUAUAACCAGCUGUGUGAUAUCUGGGCUGUGGGUAUCACCUCCAUAGAACUGGCCGAGUUACAGCCUCCCAUGUUCGAACUGCACCCGAUGAGGGCUUUAUUCUUAAUGUCAAAGAGCAGCUUCCAGCCUCCCAAAUUAAAAGACAAGAUUAAAUGGACCACAGCCUUCCAUAACUUUGUGAAAGUUUCUCUCACCAAGAACCCAAAGAAGAGGCCCACUGCAGAGAAGCUGCUUUCGCAUGUGUUUGUAGCCCAGGCAGGAUUGACUCGGAAACUAGCUGUGGAGCUGCUGGACAAAAUGAACAACCCAGACAACCAUCCUCACUUCAGUGAGGGUGAUGAUGAUGACCUGGAGCCUGUGGCUGAGAGACACACCAUCCGUUCCUCCCACAAUAAGAAUGCUCGAGCAGAGAGGACUCGCUCAGAGAUCAACUUUGACAAAGUGCAGUUUGAACCCCCACUGCGGAAAGAGACGGAGGCUCACCACUCUGAAAUGGACGUGACCAAAGAGAACGAUUUCCCUUCCCCGUGGAGUCCGUUCGCCGAGGGAGGCAUCUCCAGCAGGAGCCUUCUCAAAAGCGUGGAAGAGGAAUUGUUUAUACGGGGACACAUAACUCAUCUGGAGGAUGCUUUUGAGGAUGUGGAGCUGUCAACCCUCAAACAAGGAGUGCCUCCGCCAUUGCCCCCUAAGCCGAGGCUGAAUAGUUCGUCCGACGAGAUGGGUUUGAACGACGGCUGCCUGACGGUGCGACGGUUUCCGAACUCUGACAACGGCCCCGCGCCGGGGCCCCGCAGACAGAGCACGCCAGAGAGAGGCAGCAAGGCCGAACACAACCAGCCCGAGUACCUCUCUGCUAGUGUCAGCAGCCCCGGCCUUCUGUCACACAACGCAGAGCAGGACCAAGAUGACUCAGAUACCAGCCUGAAUGGGGAUAGUCCCAGACCACCCCCUAGUCGUCCGCAGAGGAAGGAGUUUCCCAAGCCAGCCAUCAAUGGCCUUCCACCCACACCUAAAGUACUGAUGGGGGCCUGCUUCUCUAAAGUGUUUGACGGCUGCCCACUUAAAAUCACCUGUGCCACGUCAUGGAUCCACCCCGAUACUAAAGACCAGUACCUGAUCUUUGGGACAGAGGAUGGAAUCUACACCCUCAACCUGAACGAACUGCAUGAGGCCACCAUGGAGCAGCUGUUUCCCCGAAGGUGCACGUGGCUGUACGUUAUCAACAACAACCUGAUGUCAUUGUCAGAAGGGAAGACGUUUCAGCUCUACUCCCACAACCUCAUCGGCCUGUUUGAGCAGCUGAGGAAACCCGGCCUUGCAGCCCAGUUUCAGACGCACCGAUUCCCUGAUAAAAUCUUACCCAGGAGAUUCGCUUUGACCACCAAGAUCCCGGAUACCAAAGGCUGCCACAAGUGCUGCAUCGUGCGGAACCCAUACACGGGUCAUAAGUAUCUGUGUGGGGCCCUGCAGUCUGGCAUCGUUCUGCUGCAGUGGUAUGAACCCAUGCAGAGAUUCAUGCUCAUAAAGCACUUUGACUUCCCGUUGCCGAGUCCUCUGAAGGUGUUUGAGAUGCUGGUGGUGCCGGAGCAGGAGUACCCCCUGGUGUGUGUGGCCAUCAGUCAGGGCUCUGAGCCUGGACAGGUGGUUCGCUUUGAGACCAUCAAUCUCAACUCCUGCUCCUCCUGGUUCACCGAUAUAGGAUCAGGUGGACACCAGGUAGAUGCCAUACAUGUCACUCAGCUGGAGAGAGACACUGUGCUUGUGUGCUUGGACAAGAACCUGAAGAUAGUCAAUCUCCAGGGCAAGCUCAAGUCCAACAAGAAGCUGGCAUCUGAACUGAGCUUUGACUUUUGCAUUGACUCUGUUGUGUGCCUUCAGGACAGCGUCUUGGCCUUCUGGAAGCAUGGCAUGCAGGGAAAGAGCUUCAAGUCUAAUGAGGUAACACAGGAGAUCUCUGACCCAAGCCGAGUCUUCAAGCUCCUGGGAUCUGACAGGGUGGUGGUUUUGGAGAGCAGGCCCACAGAUAAUCCCACAGCUCUCAGUAACCUGUACAUCCUGGCUGGGCAUGAGAACAGUUAUUAGCCACAUACUCCUUAUGCCACACAGUCCUGCUCUGCCGCUGGGGCCUCCAGCUGACCUGCCCGAGAACAGCCAUUAUAGCUCUAUAAUGGGCAGCCUCUCAGCCACGGCCCUCCAGAAGGACUGCCCUUCCACACAGCACCCGUGAUGCUUUUGGACCAGUGUUAUUCGAUCAAGGGGGAGUAUUGUUCAGAGAAUCAGGACCGAAGGGUCUUGUCCUGCCUAAAACGUUUGGAUUGACACAGCAGCCUUAAGACAUGCCAAGCUUCAGUUCCCAAUGCAAUGCCAGUCUCCUGUAAAGACGUCUGGACUGCCAGUCUACCCUGUGAGGGAGCAAAUGGGACAUAUUAUACCAGUCCUUCCCUCCAUAUCCAAAUACAGGAGACAAACAUUAGGAAUACCAGCAAUGCUCAACAAGCAAUAGCAAUACCUUACAGCACCAGAGACUUGUGUUAUUGAAAAGUGCCAUACAACUGUGACUGCUUGGGCUGUCUUCUUAUAGAACCCUCAUUUUACCCAAAAGAAAAUUUACAUCAGACAAACGUAAUGUUCCCAACAGAACAUGUUACUAAUAAAAUUAACAGCGAGGUCAUGAGGUUUUAGUUCUUAAAACCUGUUGGGAGUUCUUUUUUUUCUUUUUUUUUUUUUUAACAAAAUAUGAAAAGGUUUGGGAUAGAAUCAAUACCAUGUCAGGUUUUUUUUUUUUUGGUUGACAUUGGCUAUUUAAAUGUUAUUUAUUAAGCUAGGAGCAGUAAGGUGUGUUAUAGUUUAAGGGCUGUUUACCAGAGCGAUCCAGCGUGGUUUGACUUUUUCACCAGUGGGUUGCUGAGCAGCUUUGGAUAUUUACUGCUAUGUACUAUAAUCCUCUUUCUCAAGCUUUGUUCCAUUUUAGAAUUCAAUUAUAAUGUAAAGUUGUAUUCUUUUUUCUUUUCUUUUUUUUUAAUUGUAACUUUUAUUCAAUAUUUGCACCAUGUAAGCACUUUUGUACAUUUUUUUGUAUUUAAAUGUGACAAAAAAUGGGAGAUGCAAGGUUUUUGUGACAUCCAAGCAUUUCUUUUGCUAAAGUUGAAAUG